AUGGAACACUGCCUCGACGAGUUAAGAGAUGAGAUCUGUAUCCCUUACCUGGACGGUGUGAUCGUAUUUUCCAGCUCUUUCAUUGAACACAUAGAACACUUACGUAAAGUGCUCAGACGGUUGCGAGAGUGGGGAGUCAAGCUUAAACCAAAGAAAUGUAACUUAUUUAAACAAGAAGUCUCAUUCCUUGGUAGAUUAGUAUCGCAGAACGGGUAUUGCAUGGACCCGAAGGCAACAAGCGCGGUUCAGAUAUGGAAACAUACAACACCGUCUACUGUUGGUGAUGUUCAAAAGCUGGUGGGUUUGCUAGGUGUUUACCGUAGGCAUAUUAAGAACUUCUCACAGCAAGCAAAACCAAUCUACGAUCUGUUGAAGGAAGAAAACGGUAAAGUUGGAGAGAAAAAGAACGUAUGAUCUUCUCGUAAUCUAGUGCAGUGGACCUCAGAACAUCAGAGGGCACUAGAAAGUCUAACAGACCAAAUAACAUCCCCUCCAAUUCUUGCAUACCCAUAGUAUAAUGCGCCUUUCAUAGUUCACACAGAUGCCUUCCAGGAAGGCCUUGGGGCGGUACUUUACCAGGAACAGCAAGGAACAAUACGUGUAAUUGCUUAUGCGUCUAGAACAUUAACUCCAGCGGAGAAAAAUUAUCAUCUGCACAGUGGCAAGUUGGAGUUUCUAGCCUUAAAGUGGGCAGUAACUGAACACUUUAGAGAUUAUUUAUACUACGCCCCGGAGUUUGUGGUGUAUACGGACAACAACCCUUUGACAUAUGUACUUUCAUCUGCAAAGCUAAAUGCGACUGGACUUCGAUGGGUCGGAGAGUUGUCGGAGUUUAAUUUUGAAAUUAAAUAUCGUCCCGGUAGAGUUAACAUCGAUGCUGACUGCUUAUCAAGACCACCGCCAGAUAUACAAAAGUAUAUGGAAAGUUGCAGUGUCAAGAUUUCGCCUGACGUUAUUCAAGCUACUAUAACAGCCGUAAUGGAUAACAGCCGUAACCACUGA